AUGGAGAAUCAAGACUCGACUUUAGCAGCCGGAGCUUCUACUCCCCAGGUGGAACGAAGAGAAGAGCGGCCUUUGCCACCGAUUCCGCCAUCCGAGCAAGAAGUGAAUUCGAGGGCGGAGCAAAACGAUGCUACCUUGUUUCAAGGCCAGGCUGCCAGUUCUCCAGAAGAGCGAAGUGAUGCUGAGCAUCAAUAUGAGGCUUGGAGAGAUGCCGAUCUUGAAAGCAACAAUGAGGAUAGCCAUACUCAAAAUCAACCUAAAUCAACCAUUACAUCUCCUGCAGCCACUGGGCCCGGGGAUUCUGAGUCACGCAGGUCGGACAGUUCUGGAUCUCAACGUGAAGCAGCUGGUGAAGUAGCUGGUGGAGAAAUUGAGUCGCCAAUAAUUACGCCCUCAGGCAACGUCACGUUCAGACCUGGCCCUUCUACACCCAGUGGUGACCUGCCUAUAUCCACACCACCGAUUCCAUUUGAUCGGAGUGGCGGACCAUCUUCAUCUGAAAGACCACUUCCACUUCCCCCAACGUCGUCGGAUCCGAGUCCACGUGGGGGACUGGACGGUGCAGAAAGGGAAAGUGUUAUGCCCAGAUGGCAACCAGAUGCUGAGGUCACUAUCUGCCCUAUUUGUGGGACACAAUUCAGUUUCUUUAUUCGUAAACACCAUUGCAGAAAAUGCGGUAGAGUUGUCUGUAAUUCUUGUUCUCCCCAUCGCAUCACCAUUCCGCACCCAUACAUAGUUCGACCACCAACCGAAGACGCACCUCCAACACCUCUAACCAGGGAUUCUGCACGUUCUUCUAUUUCCGCUGAAUUUAGGGGUAUUGGUGGAGGAGAACGUGUGAGACUCUGUAAUCCUUGCGUCCCAGAUCCAAACGUUGCUCCUCCACAGUCCAAUUUCAGCAACUCGCCAGCCUCCUCCUCCCAGCCAAGCGGACAUAGCCGCUCAUCAAGUGCUAUGUCGCCUUUCCAUGGUCAAUAUCAACACCCGGGGGGCAGUCAAAGUAACCCUAUAUUGGUACAACGUCUUCGAAACGCGCCUCGAAGACCACGAGAAUCUUCAAUACUUGGUCAAAAUAAUUCCUCCCAUUCGCAAAAUCUUCAAUCUCGAGGCUCAUCUUACAAUACUAGAGAAGGUCAUAGAUUCGUUGAUCCGCUAGAAAGUCGAUCUCGGAGUAGCACGGUGGGCGGAAAUGCACGUGAUAUAUAUUAUGUGGUCAACAAUUUGAGCGAUCGACCUUCCGGUGCCCACAGACACCCGUCUAUGACCGCGAGAAACGAUAUUGACCUCUCCCGUUCGCAAGUACCACCAACACUACGCCCACCCCAACAACCACGACGACAAAUACUAGAGGAGGAUGAAUGUUGGGUCUGCCAUACCGAACUUCCAUCUCGCUUGCUUCCAGACUUCGAAACUUUACGCUCUCAACACGUAGAGGCAUGUAUCGCUUCUGUAAUGCAUGGUUCUCCCCCUCCACCACCAGCCCAAAGCGAUCCAAAUCGAUCAUCAUCCUCUGUCAAUACCAUAUCUUCCAGCCCCGAGCCCCGCUCUGCAGCACAGUCGCGUCGAACUGGCGUCUUCCCCUACUUAGGAACAGAAAAGGACUGCGUUGAUGAUGCGGAAUGUACGAUUUGCCUGGAGGAAUUUGAAGUCGGCGUGGAGAUGGGAAGACUAGAGUGCUUUUGCCGGUUUCACUUGAAGUGUAUUAGGGAGUGGUUUGUAUCCCAUCCUGGGGAAUGUCCUGUGCAUCAACAUGGUGGCGGUUACUGA